AUGCUCUUGCGGCGGAGCCACAUGCGGCGUUGCCUCAAGCCCGGCGUACCGCGUCACCCACCCCUCUCGUGCGCAAGUGCAUCGCCUUUACAACACACUGAUGUAACUUCAGCACCAAUGAAAACGCAAAUUGCCGUCGUGGGGAGUGGCCCAAGUGGUUGCUAUGUGGCACAGCAGCUUAUUAAAAAGCGUGACGACAUUCACGUAGAUGUGUUUGAGCGUCUCCCCGUGCCCUUCGGUUUAUGUCGUUAUGGCGUCGCUCCCGACCAUCCCGAGGUGAAGAACGUGGAGCAGCAGUUUCUUUCCAUGUUUAAGAGCGGUCGUGUGACGUGGAUUGGCAACGUCGAUGUAGGGAGACAGUUACCAAUUGACACCCUUCUCAAUAACUACGCAGCUGUGGUGCUGGCCACAGGCGUGGAUAGCGGUAAAAAGCUCAACAUUCCCGGUGAGGACCUCGGUGGCGUUGUCCGUGCAGCUGACUUUGUACGUUAUUACAACACAUAUCCUUUUCCACAUGGUUCCCCGCGUUUCUGCCCGUUUCAACUGGGGAUGGCCCACGAAGCCGUCGUUAUUGGAAAUGGUAAUGUUGCUUUGGAUUGUACUCGUGUCUUAGCCGCAUCAUACAAAUAUUUCUGCCCCACCGAUAUGAAUUGUGCAGCAAUAAAAGAGUUCAUGAAGAACCACAUCCACCGCAUCCACGUGGUGGGUCGGCGAGGCCCUGAACACAGUGCCUUCACCAUCGCGGAGUUUAGAGAGUUGACAAAAUAUCAGCAAGACACAGUGCGGGUUACCGUCGACGCAUUCAAUCCGGAGGAAGCACGUCGUGCAUCAACGGAAAACCCGCGUGCACGUCAACGCCUUUUCGAACUUAUGGGGCGUCACAUUGUCAAAAGCGAUGACCCUGAGAGUCAAGAAGUGAGGGGUCCAACGAUACCAAAAGGUACCCGCGGCCCCUGCCACAUUAGAUUUCGGUACAACAUGCGACCUUUGCGGUUUCUGCCGCAUCGGGAGCGUAAGGGUCAGGUGGGUGCGGUUGUAUUCGAAUGUACUGCGGCUGAAACAAGCAGUAGCACGGACUGCGCAGCGGCAACUGAGACUCAAGCUUACGAUGCCAACUGUGGCGAAGGUGGUAACAAGGGCGGCGGUACUGGUGUUAAGGCGCCGAAAGUCAUCACGGUACCAUGUGAUUUGGUAAUCACUUCGCUAGGGUAUUAUGGAGAUAGCAUUCCUGGUGUUGAGUUCGAUCAUGCUCGAGGAGUUAUAUCGCACGUUGGCGGUCGAGUAAAGGGGCAACCACGACUGUACUGCGCCGGCUGGGCGAAGAACGGACCAAAGGGGAUCAUUGCUCACGCACUCAUGGACGCGCAAGUAACUGCUGCAACUGUUCUUGAAGACCUUGACAAUAGUGCUCUUCCAACGGGAGGUAGUGACGGUGCUUUCUGCGGAAAGUACGGUUUGGUGGACUACUUUGUUGAGAAGCGAAUGGAACCUGUGUCGGUGGCUGGUCUUGAGCGUAUAAUGCAUGUGGAGUUGGAGCGUGGCGUGGAUAUGGGAAAGAGACUGGAGAAGAUUGACGACGUUCGGGCGAUGCUUGACGUGGCUCUCGGCGGAGCCGUUGGGAAGAAGGCAAACAAUGCGAUACGAGGUAUUAUGAAUGAGCGGCCAGAUGCGUUGUUGUACCUUAACGAACUCCUGGACGACACAACGGACUUGGCGCCUCUUGCGCGGCAACUGGCUCGCGACUUGCCACCUGUCAUGGCGGAACAACAUCCACCAGGGAGGCUCCAUCCAUCACAGCUGUGA